GCUGUAUCGGACGUUCUAGCUUUCGUUUCAAGCCUUCGAGUCAUUAAACCGUUCUGCCACCGGUCCUACGUUAUACCAUGUCCUUGUCGCCUCCAAUCCGAAGACUGUCGGUGUCGAGCACGAAGCGGGAGGAGGACUUGAUCAAUGCGUACGAGGCGGAGGAGGAGCGCCUGAUUAAUCUGCUUUCGCGAAAACUAGAGAAGCUAAGGGAAGAGAAAGUUGCUUUGGAGAACAUCCGAGAAGUGGAAUCAGAGUCUCAGGUGAAUCGGCUAACCCGAGAGCUGUCAGCAUUGCGACUUGCCCAGCAGCAACAACACCAGAACCAUUCGGCUCAGGAGAAUGGCUCUGGUAGCACUGAGCCUGCUGAGAAUAGAGCAGGGAUGCAAGCUUUCAUGUCUUCGUUCGAUCCGCUUGCUCCCAGUACAGAGGUCAUAAUGGAUGCUCUGCGGAAGGAGAACGAACAGUUGAGAGGGAGGUUGGCACAGGCAGAGCGGGAGUACAUUCGAGUGUCGAGGCUGAACGACAUCUACCGGGAAGAGCUGAUCGAUCAUCGCCGAAGACUCGGACUGCCUGUGGACAACUUGAUAGGACUGUCUACAAUGGAUCCAUACUCUCAGCCUAUACAUCUGAGGACGUAUUCACAGAGCUCAUCUCCGUCAACGUCCAUGAUGCUUUUACCUCCUGCCCAGCCUCCCCGCGAGCCGCCCGCCGGCGUGCCAAUACCUCGACCACCUUCGCAAAUCCGUCGGCCGGUCAACAACAUCCCGUCAGAAACGACGACUCCGUUAUCCCGCUCUCCGUCGUCUGCUGACUCGCCUUUCCCUCUCUCUCCAGUCACUUCCACCAAUCCAGCUAGCUUCCUGACAAACGAGACAUCCAUUACCACGCCUCCUUCAUCCGCCUCGCUUACCUCCAAUCCCCCGGCUCCGUACCCAGCCUCUCAUACAUUGUCCUAUCCUUCUGUUCCUCCGCCGUCCCUGUCGUCAUCGUACGGAUCACCGGUGAUAUCUUAUCAUACCUCGCAGCGGGACCCUUCCCUGUCGCCAAUCGAAUCCCGUAGCCGCCGUAACUCCUAUCAGAGACGUGGUAGCUUUGAGCGGCGACCAGGACACGCCGCAGGCGACUCUGCGGGAAGUUUAAGAAGCAUCAGCCGCAGUCAUAGCAGAAGGGAAAGUGUCGAACGUGGUGUCCGCGUUGCCGAGACUGGUACGUUAAUCCCGCGGAGUCGGACAAACAGCGUUGCAUCCCCGAUGCAGCAGGCCGCUGGAGGCGACGACAUAUCAAGGCAGGAGACUAUCCCGGAAUUACCCUCAAAUUUAUGAGAAAUCAAUAAGAGUCAAGUCGGUAUAAUCAACCGUGUAACUAUUAGGAUGGACAUGUGUAUUCGUGCGUCGCUGCUACCCUAUCUUGCUUGCUGUCGUUAUUCUUGUCAGUUUUGUCGUCUCGUCGCCGAUAGUGUUCAUAAUGUACACAACAAACGGGAAUAUUUUAGUCACUGCGAUCG